AUGUUUCCCUUUGACCACGCCGCUCUUCCCCAGCUCACCACCCGCAAGGCCUUUAUUGGAGUCGACUUUCAGAACGACUUCAUCUCAAAGGAUGGUGCUCUGCCGGUGCUGGAGCCAGAUGGCUUCGUCGACCGUGCGGCCAAGCUGGCAACCGCCUUUAGGGCUGUCGGCGACGUCGUCUGGGUUCAGUCACAGUUUGACACGCCCCAGCCUGCGGACACGGAAAUGAUUAUCGCCACCGACAACAGUCCUCCCCAGGUCCGGCCGUCAUCCCGGGGCCGGCGUAAGGUGCCGCAGAUUGAGAUUGUUGAGGAACCUGGUCCACCGGACCCGGAGGCCUUUCUUAGCCACGAGGAGCCCGCGUGCGUCAAGCCCGGGUCUCCGGGUUGCGACAUGGCCCCGGCCAUCGACGAAGCGUCCCAGAAGACGGAUUUGAGACUCAACAAGACGCACUACUCGGCCUUUCAAUCGACACAGCUGCUGCGUGUCCUCCGUGCCAAGAUGGUCAUGGAAGUCUUCAUCUGCGGCUCCCUCACCAACGUGGGCGUCUAUGCAACCGCGCUGGAUGCUGCAGGCCACGGCAUGGCCAUCACCGUUGUCCACGACUGCUCUGGGUUCCGCAGCGAAGUAAGGCAGGCCAAGGCCAUCAAUUCGCUGAUUGAGCUCACGGGGUGUGAGAUUGCGUCUUACGAGGAGGUCAUGGAAACUAUGCAGCCCGGAUCCAAGGCUGCAAAGGAGUCAGACAAGUCGGACGGAAGGCCGUCAUCGAAGCGCCUAGAACCUCCGCGAGGCGCAAGCGCAGACCAAGACGCCCGUCGCAAGAAGAGUCUGACGCCUGAAAUUGUCAAGAAUAUGACAGGCCUGCGACUGGCUUCGGAUUCGCCCAGCCCCGCUAACAAGGCGACUCAGCCCCAGUCAAAGGCGUCGACGACAUGCACAGUUGAGAGUCAUGAGCCCGCCCUUGAGGCAGAAUCGAAGACCGAAGAAGACACUGGCACCGACACGUCAAAAGCCACAGACGCAGCACAGACCUUGAAUACCGGCGAUGCUGCUGUUGUCGUUAAGGAUGCCGCAGUUAUUAAAGAUGCCGUCGCCGUCGCCGUCCAUGUUUCCGAGCACAAUGAAGAGCACUCGUCUCACCAAUCUCCCUGUAAAGACAAGGCGCCAACUCCAGAAUCUACAUCAAGUCCAAAUCCUGGCCCUACACCAGCAUCUACACCAAACCCAACUCUAGAGUCUCCCUCCAUAGAGAAAGCGGACAUGGACGCAACUAAAGUUGAACCACAACCCGACGACGGCCAUUUCCUGCAAAAGGGUCUUUGUGAGGGCGACACCCAUAUCAUCAAGGAUGUCCUGCCAGAUACUCUGGCCGACAGCUUCUUUUCCAAGUUGAAAGACGAAGUCCAAUGGCGCCACAUGAUGCAUCAGGGCGGCGAAGUUCCACGACUGGUCGCCGUCCAGGGCCAGGUUGCAGACGACGGCAGCAUGCCAGUCUACCGCCAUCCAAGCGACGCGUCUCCUCCACUGAUGCCAUUCUCUCCGACCGUCCUUGCCAUCAAAACCGCUACGGAGAAGCACCUUGGUCACCCACUGAAUCAUGUCCUGAUACAGUUUUACCGCGAUGGCACCGACUACAUUUCUGAACAUAGCGACAAAACCCUGGAUAUCGUCAAGGGCUCAUACAUUGCCAAUGUCAGUCUCGGCGCCGAGCGCACCAUGGUAUUUAGGACCAAGAGGCUCGAUAAGGACCCCUCAAGGACCGACCCUCCAGCACCCGAGUCGAAGCGCCAGAGCCAGCGUGCUCAACUGCCACAUAACUCUCUGUGUCGACUGGGACUGAAGAGCAACAUGAAGUGGCUGCACGCCAUACGCCAAGACAAGCGUUCCUCGAAGGAAAAGUCGGCCGCUGAGCUGGCGUACGACACCGGCCGCAUCUCUCUAACCUUCCGCCAGAUAGGAACCUUCCUAGAUCGCGAUGGGUCCCUCAUCUGGGGCCAGGGUGCCACUGGCAAGACCCGUGAGGAGGGCCAUGCCGUUAUCAAUGGCCAGACCCCCGAGGCGGUCGAGAUGCUCAAGGCAUUUGGCACGGAGAAUCAUGCAACCGAGUUUGACUGGGACGCCCAUUACGGCAAGGGUUUCGACGUGCUGCAUAUGAGCAACGCACCUCGUCUCUUCUUUUCUAAUGAUACUCUCGUCAACAACCGCAUCGCCCUCAUGAUGGCCGAGUUUGGCAUCAACUAUGCAAAAGGAACUGUCAACUCACCUGGCCCCUCAAUCAAAUUCGUCGACAAGGACUCGUCAGUUGUCCAAGGUGACCUCGCAAUCAUGUUGUACCUCGAUGCACGCUAUGGCGCCAGCAAACCCGGAACCGCCCCACGGAGUGCCACCGAACUGGCAACCCAGUUCACCCGCUUCCAACAAGGCCUUGGCUUGCUGGACAAGUGGCACUCGUUUUCCCGCCCACUUUCAGACGAUGAAAGCUCAGAUAAACAGAGUAUAGAUAUGGUUGAUCUAAAACCCCUGAUGCAAGAACUUUCCAUAUGGGACAAUUUCGCCGACGAAGUUGAAGAGGGUUUCCUCGCUGGUCUGGAGCUGUCGCUGGUAGACUAUGUUGUUUGGCCAGUCCUGCACGCCCUGUGUGAGAAGUCGGGGAUCGAGGUCUUAGACAGCCUUCGCAGCCUGAAGAAAUACUACGAAAAGCUGGUGGAGAGGCCAAGUACAUGCAAGAUCUUGGGAAAGGAGCCGAAGACCCAGUCCACUGAGCAGACAGCGAGUAGCGGUUGA